GCCAGUGGAAGAACCAAACAUGAGUGGAAAUGAAUAUGAAAAAACAUAUAUAACAGCAAUAACAGCAGGGACUGUGGAUGCAUGUAUGCCAGUUAUUACAACGGAGGCCAGUUUGGAAAGUCUUGAUGAAAUAGUAAACACAAAUACUGAGGAAGCCACAGUUCCAGAGAGUCCCGGACUACCUUUGGGUGUAGAAAUAGAUGAUCAGGAGAAAAUAUUUCAGAUUGUUGAUGGUCCUGAAGAAAAGGUCUCACUUGUAGAACCUGGCAAGGAGGUAGAGAAUGGUGAUGGUACUCCAGUAAUAAAAUUACAAAGAGCCACAGUAGUACUUGUGGAUUUGAGCAAACAUUCCCAAAACACAGGAGAGGUCGAGGCUUCAGAAGACCUUACACAUUUCCAAACGGAGGAAAAACUGGAACUUUAUGAACCAGAUAAAAGUGAACAAGAACUGUCUAAUCUGGCAUUAGAAGAUGAGGAACAAGAAGAAGUACAAACACAACAAGAUGCUGAAAAGACCCCUGAGGAAGAGAAAAUGGAGGAAGAAAACACAGUUGAAGAGCAGAACAAACUCGAUAAACAAGACGUGACAGUUGAAGAGCAAAAGUCAACUGAAGAUUUGGCCACAAUGCCAGCUGAUGGCAGCCUGGUGGAAAACAAUACAAUUGAAAACAAACAGAAUGAGGAUGUAGGGGUGAUCGGUCUUGCCAAGGGGAAUGCUGUUCAAGAAAACAUUGAAGAGGAGGCACCAGUCAGCACACAGCGAAGUCUUAGACGAAGAACAAAAAGAGUUCAGUCUCCACCAAGAAGCAAAUCUAGACGUAUACAAAAACAAGGGGCUGACGUUUCUGAAGAUAAAAUGGAAACAGUCCUAAUAACAGAAAAGGAAGCUGAUGAAGUGGAGCAAGGUGUAGAAAUAGUUGAUAAAGAGAAAGUGCCUCAAUCAUUAAUUGUAGAUGCUACUGAGAAGGUGAUCCCACUCGUAGAAGCAGGACCUGAAGUUAAUGUCAUAGAAAAAGGACUUGAAGAAAUCAACAAGUUGGAGAACAAGGAAGCAAAUUUAGCGGUGACAAAAGACACAGGCGAGGAGACAUCUGAGGUGGAAGAAGAAGCCUCUUUAGAGCAACAGCAAAAUAAGCCAUUGGUUAAAAAUGACAAAGAAACAGCUGAGACAGAAAUAUCUAUGGAGUUCCCCCAAGUGGUUGGCAAAGAGAAAACAUUCAUUGUAGGGGGGGCCACCAUCCAAAGAGAGAAGGAGGUCUCACAGGUCUCACUUGUAGAAGCAGAACUUGAUGAGGAGGUAGAAAAAGAUGAUGGUACUCCAGUGAUACAACUGCAGAAAGCCACAGUAGAAUUUGAUGAUUUAAACAAACUUUACCAAAAUACAGAAGGAGAGAGUGACACUCCAGAAGUCCUAGAAUAUUCCCAGACAGAGGAAAAACUGGAACAGGAUAAAUCAGAUAAUAGUGAAUAUCAACUAUGUAAUCUGACAUCAGAAGAGGAAGAACAGCUAGAACAACUACAAAAAGAGGAAGCUACUGAAAAAACUCCAGAGAAAAACAAAAUGGAGGAUGAAAACACAGUUGAAGAACAGAAUAAACCAAAUAAACAGGACAUGACAUUUGAGGAGCAAAAACCAACAGAAGAUUUGGAAGAACAAAAUGACUUAAAAGUGACAGAGAUCGUAGACGUUUAUAGGGCAAUAGACAAGGAUGUGGAAGAAGCAGUAAAUUCUGGAGAGCAUCCUGAAAAAACAACAAUAAUGGCAGACGAAACAAACACAAUUCAGGAGGCAGAAAUAGAUCACAAUAUUACUUUAAAAGAAAAGCCAAUGGACAGUGACAGAGAAAUGGGUAGUCUUGCUCAGGAGGCACCAGAAACUGACCAGGAAGUCUUAGAAGAGGAGGCAUCAAGUAGCACAGAGAUAACUCUCAGGCGUAGAACAAUAAAAAUUCAGUCUCCACCUAGAAGAAAAUCGAGACGUUUACAAAAACACGAGGCUGAAGCUUUUGAAGAUAAAACUAGAAACAUCACAAUAAGAGGAAACGUAGUUGAUGAAAUGCAGGAAACACUUAGGAAGUCAACUGUAGAUUCUACUGAGGUCAUCCCAUUCGACAAAGCAGAUAAUGUAGCAGAAAAAGGAGUUGAAGAAAUCAACAAGAUGGAGGACAAGGAAAAAAAUUUUGCUGUGACAAAAGACACAGAUGGGGAAACACCUGGGGUGGAAGAAGAAGCCAAUUUAGAGCUACAGCAAAAUGAGCCAUUGGUUAAAAAUGACAAAGAAACAACAGAGACAGAAAAAUCCAUGGAGAUUGACCCAGUGGUUGGCAAAGAGCAAACAUUCAUUGUAGGGGGUGCUACCUUCCAAAUAGAGAAGGAGGUCUCACAGGUCUCACUUGUAGAAGCAGAACCUAAUGAGGUGGUAGAAAAAGAUGUAGGUACUCCAGUGAUACAACUGCAGAUUGACCCUGUGGUUAGCAAGGAGCAAACAUACGUUGUAAGGGGGACAGCUAUUCAAAUAGAGGAUAAAUUUUCACAGGGGGAAAGCACAGAGUCCGAUCAAAGUGACAGUGAAAGGAUCACAAGGAGAAGUCUCAGGCUCGGUGCGAAAUCAGUCCCAGCUACACAGAAAACAAGAAAAUCUACACGUCUCCACAAAGUAGAGUUGGACCAAGUGAAAGAGACAAAUAUGAGUAGAUAUGAACAUGAAGAAACCUCAGCAAAAACAGAAGAGACUGUGAAUGUGUGUAUGCCAAUAAUUACAGUAGAGAGCAUCUUGGAAAGUCUUGAAAUAGCAAAUACAAAUGUUGAAGUAAAUACAGCUGGUGAACAUGAGACUUCUGAACUGCUGAUGGGUGAAGAAAUAAAUGAUAAAGAGGAGCCCACUCAGAUUGUAGAAGAGGUCCCACCUAAAGAAGCAGAACCUGACGAGGAGGUAGAGAAAGAUGAUGGUACUCCAGUAAUACUGCAAAAAGACACACUAUUACCUGUAGGUUUAAACAAACUUGCCCAAAAUACAGAAGAACAGACUGACACUCCUGAAGUCCUGACACAUUUUCACACAGAGAAACAACUGGAACUGUAUGAACCACAUAAAAGUGAAUAUCAAAUAUGUUACCUGAUAUCAGAAAAGGACAAACAAGACAUGACAGUUGAGGGGCAAAAACCAACAGACGAUUUGGUAGGACAGAAUGAUUUAAGAGAGAGAGAGAAUGAAGAGGAAAAUAAGAUGGUCCUAGAUAAGGAUGUGGAAGAGAGUGUAACAUCUGGAGAACAUCAAAAAGCAACAACAACCAAAGACAACACAAAUAUAAUUCAGGAGACAGAAAAUAAUCAAGAUAUUUCUUUAGAGAUGAUAAGUCUUGGUCAGGAGGCACCAGAAGCUGUCCAGGAAAUCUUAGAAGAGGAGGCAUCAGUCAGCACAGAGAGAAGUCUCAGGCGUAGAACAAUAAAAAUUCAGUCUCCACCAAUGAAGAAAUCUAGACGAGCACAAAGACAAGAGGCUGAAGUUUUUGAAGAUAAAACUGUAACAGUUCAACUAACAGUAAAAGGAGACGAAGAAGUGCAUAAAGAAGGAGCAGAAAUAGAUCAAGAAGGAACACUUAAAAAAACAACUGUAGAAGCUACUGAGAACAUUAUCUCACUUAUAGAGGGGGAACCUGAUGAGAAUGUAAUAGAAAAAGGAUUUGAAGUAAUUAACAACAUGGAGAACAAGGAAACAAAUUUAGGGAAUGAGGCAAUCCGUGAGAUGGAAAGAGAUGAAGUCAUUUUAGAGCAACAGGAAUAUGAGCUAUCUGUUGAGAAUGAGAAAGAAACAGUUGAAACAGAAAAACCCAUGGGGAUGGAUGAAGUUUCGGUGCUUAACAAGGAGCAAACAUUUGUUUUAGAGGAGACACCCAUUCAAGCAGAGGAAGAGGUCUUGCAGGUGGAAAGUUCUGAAACCAAUGAAAAUAAAAGUGAAAGGACAACACGAAGAAGUCUAAGGAUCAGUUCCCAAUCAGUCACAUCAACACAGAAAAUGAGAAAAUCUGCACGUCUCAGCAAAGCAGACUUGGAACCAGCAAAAGAAGCAAAGAUGAGUAGAAAAGAAGAAACUUCUUUAAUGACAGCAAAGACCAAUGCGGAAAAUCUUGAUGAAGAUAGAGAUGUAAGUAAAAGGGUGAAAACUACUUUAGAUGAGCAAGACAUAGACAUAUCAAAUGAUAAGAGAAGGGUGGAUGAAGCUUUGCUUGAAAUAUCUACAGAUGUUGAAGAAGAUGAGACUAUGAGCUUAAUUAAAAUAACUGAAAAUGAAAUUCGGCAGGAAAUGGAUAAAUCGCAAAAAGAUGUAGAGGGGGGAGUUCAGGAAGAAGAAAAAGCAGAGCCUUCACAGGAAAACAUAGAGCAGGAACAAGAAGAAUCAGUGUCACUGGGUGAAAAUGUGGGGGACAUGGAUCUGACAAAUGAAUUUAAGACAACAGCUGUGGAGGAGAUGGUUUCUUUAGAAAACUCAGAGCAAGAAGCAGCUUUCAUUACAAGAAGUCUCAGAUACCGAACAGUAACAGUCCAAUCUACACCAAGAAGUAAAUCAAAACGCCUCCACAGACAAGAGCUGGAGUCAGACAGAGAAACUGAUCAUUUAAAUGCCCCUGUAGGGAAGGAGAAUGAGGCAUUAGUUGCUGAGAACAGCAGUGCUGAAUUUGAAAAUUUGGAGACAAAAGAGGGAGAGGGUGUAAUUCAGACAAAUACAGAUGGAAAGUCAGAAAACUCAAAGGCAAAAGAUGAUACCUUUGAAAUCAUGGAAAGUAACAGUGGCAGCCAGGUAAACACUGAACAGAACAAAACUCAAGAAGAAAAUCUUGAGAGAGAAGAUAUGCCAAUGCUUAAUGAACAAGAAGAGGUUUCCAGUGUACAGAAAGAAGCAAAACCACUCCAAGCAAGAGAAAACGAGGGAGCCGCAGAAGGUGUGCAAGGAAGUUCUGCUGAUUUGGAGGAAUCAGCAGUGGAAAGGAGAUCCCUGAGAAAAAGAACGACUGUUGAAACAUUUGCUGCAAGGAAAUCCAAACGUCUUCGUAAACAAGAGCAUGAUGACGAUAGUGAGCAAGUCAAGGAGGCAGUUAUGGGACAAACUGACUCAGUAGAAGUGACAUUUACAGAAGACAGUGUAGAGCUGAGGUUAGAUGCAACUGCAGCAGUUUUUGAGGGGAGUAAUUUGGGUGAAGAAAUACUAGAAAAAAUACAGAAAAAUGGGACUAAAUCAGACGGAGAAUGUAAUGUGCAAAAAGACACUGAGCCAGGUGCAGGUAAAUCUCAAGAGGAGCAAAAACAGAGCACAUUAAAUAAAACCCAGACAGACAAGGAUAAAGAAGAGAUUAUGACGGAUGAAAUAAUAGAGGAGGUGAUAGAGCAACAUGUAGAUCUUGAGCCCAGUACAAAUGAGGGGUUCACUUUAGCGCUGGAGGUAGAGGAAACUUCUGUUCAAGUAGAAAACAAAGCAGAUGAGCAGAACAGAGUGGUGAUGGAGGCUCCAAAAGAGAUAUUCCCAUCUGCAGAAAAGUAUGAGAAAGGUGAAGAAAAUAUCUCUGAUGAUGAUGAGAAAGGUCUUGCCAUUGGAAAGCAUGUUCUUCAGAGUAGCUCAGCUACUGCUUCAACCAAACGAAAAUCAUUGAGGCUACAAGUGCAUGAAUCCAAAACUAAGGAAGAUGAAUCAGAUUCUGAAUCAGAAGUACAACAAACAGCGAAACAGAGACAUGAGAGGAAAAGAAAAGCCAUUACUGACUCAGCAUCAGCACGCAGAUCCAAACGCCAUGUUAGGGCAAGAAUUGUUUAGCAGAUUAGUGAUUUGUGGCUCUUGUUUUAGUACAAGCCUCGUAUGCAUUGGGACCAACCAAUUAUAUACAUAAUGUGAAAUUUUUCUAUUACAUUUUCAUACUCAAAAUAAUACAAACUAUUUUCAACUACUAUAUAUUUUCUUCUGAAAUAUCUGGGAUUUUAUAAAACAGUUGUUUCUUUAAAUUAGGAUUUACUAAAAUAAGCAUGUUCAGGAUAACAUUUAGUUGAUAAAUGUCUAACUAUAAUAUCUUUAGUCACUUCUUUCAUUUUUUUUCUGUAUUAUGCAUUGGCAAAUACAUUUUAAAGGUAGUUUUUAAUGUAUAGCACUAUUUUUAAAUCCAAUUAAAUGAAACAUACAAUAAUCCACUGCAUUAUGUUGGAUUGAAUCCUAAAUUUAACAAAUUUGUUCCUUAUUUUCAGAGUACACAGGUGCUCACAAAGCAUAGGUGCUUGUAUGAAACAUUUUUACAAUGUACUUUGUGCUUCUGUUACAUACCAUGUACCUUUCAAAUGUGAUUUUCAAAUUUGUGACAUGUUUUGUGAUUGCAUUUUUUUCUAAUUAUAGAUUAUCUGCCACAACUGCCCUUGUUUUUAUUGCCAAUAACAUUCUUUCUUUGAAUUGUAUUAAGUCUUCUUUAAAUCUCACAGCAAUUUAUUUUGUAAAUGCAACCUUUUUAGCAUUAUUGCAAUAUCUUUUAAGUAUCAAAUGUUUGUGAAUGUGUAAUGCUAUGGGUUUGUUGUUUAUUUUACUCUUCAUUCUGUUAGCAGAGCAGUUCAGGUAGCUUCAUGUUUCAUCAAUGUUGAAAUGCAAAAAUAAUUACUUUCUUUCUUUGACCUCUGUGCUUGUCCUGUGAAAAUAUUUUCGUGAACUCUGCUUUGUCAGUUGUUUUUUUCUUAAAUGUUUAAAUAAAGUCAUGAAUUUUCAAGGUUAUUAGAACUUAUUUGUGUCAGUUGUAUAUUGGGAUAGGCUUCAGCAUCCCUGUGACACCUACAGCACAUAAAACACGUGAUUUGGGAAAAGGAUGGCUCAAUGGAUGUGUCAGUUGUUUCACACAUUACAGUAUUUGUUUGAUUUAUUUUUAUGUUUUCUCUCACAACCGACACUCAUAGCAAAGUAGCUCUCAUAACUGUAUAACUUUAAAAUGCAUAAAUAACAAUAAAAGUUACAUCAAACAAA